UGCGAUCCCGUAGACUCGAAACUCGAAAUUCCAACGGACCGCAGAACAGAGCCGUCGGUCGUGCGACGUGGAUCUGAAUAAUUAUUGUAAAUUCGAAAACAAAACUAAUUAUUCUACCCUCACGGAACUCGAGACAAAACAAAUAACAAAUUUCCCUUCUGAGAUAUAAAUUCAAUAUUUGCGGGGGUUCAGUUUCAUGUGUAAAUAAAUUUUUUCAAAAAAGUGCUUCCGCAAUUACGUAAAUGAGAGGACGCAAACGCCGGCGAUGGUUCUCCUGACAAAUCACUGGAGAAAAUGUGCUCAACUAGUGUCAAAGUGAAUUGUGAAAAACACCAUUCAAGUAGAAAACAAUAGUAUUGUUUGUCGUUAUUAUUAAAAAUUUUUAAAUGGAAAAUUUCGACUAAACACUGAAAUGUAAACGACAAGCUCAAAAUUUGUGUUUUCUUUUUCGUUUUCUUGACUUUCUCUAAAAUUUAGUUUCACAUUGUUGAAUUAAACUGAGUGAAUAAGCGUCUAGUUUGAGUUGUUGUGUUUGAAUUCGCGCGCGUGCUUCGCCAGAAAAGAUGUUGCCGGUCGCGGGGGCUGUAUUGUUCCUGUGUGAUGCUGCUUCUGCUGGAAUAGUUGUUAUGACGCUAUCAAUUUGGACAUUUAUUACUGUGUCACGUGUCAUCAUAUGAUAAAUGUAGAACACGUUUAUAUUGUUUUCGUUUUAUUUUCUUUCUGUUUGUUUGACUUUCUCGGCAAAUCUCGACAAAUCUCGAUUAUUGGAUUUGAAUUGCAACGUGUUAAAUGUGAAUAUUGAAAUUGGCGCGUCACGCGAGUGCGCACCUGUGAAACAGUGAGAACAAUCGUGAUUAACAGUCACUGACGGACAAUUAGUGCGUAGUUUCGCGAGGAGACAAUAUGAGUGAGAUGACGAGUGUAGAGCAGCAGCAUCAACAGCAACAGUUCGUUGGUGGUAGCUCGAAUUCGGAGCAUCACUGCAAGGAUCAUUGUGUUUCUUUUGAAAGUGAGAAAAGCCUCGAGGUGCAUCUUCGGUAUCAUCAAGAGAAUCUACUUAGUCAAUGGGCCAGUCAGGCGCAGCAAGAGGAGAGCAACAACAACAAUAGCAAGGCUGGCAAUCAUAUGGUUGUGAAGAGGGAGAGUGUCACGGCACCGGCUGACUCGAGUGAGUCUUCAUCAAGGCCACCCUCGGAAGGUCCGGCGUCUGCAUCGCAACAGCAGUCCGCUCCGACGUCGCAGGGAUUCACCAACUUUCCACCACAAAUGUAUAACGAAAACGCUUACUUCGUGCAGAAUGAACCAUCAUACAUUCUGCCCCAUCAUUACUCUCCAUCCAGGGAGGAAAGUCAAAACGGGGGUGGGAACUAUGCGAGGUAUCACCCCUAUCAACAUCAGCAGCGAUUCUCGCAAGCGGAUCGUACAAACUCGGUGAGCUCCACGAGUCCACGGAGUCCUUUGCAGUGUGAUAAGUGUGGUGCUGUUUACGAAGAUCCCAAUCAGCUAGCGGAACAUGUUCGAUCUAAUCAUCCAGCAUCACCAAAUUCUUAUCCUAGUCAAUCUCAGUAUCAGCAAAUGGGCAGCAGUCCACAGCAUCACAUGCAAAGGCAUCAGCAGACUCAACAAUCUCAAAUGCAUAAUUCACCAUCUCAUGCGAAUCAACAACAACAACAACAACAAAAUUCUGGUUUUGACUUUACUGGAGGAACAAUUAUCAAGACAGAGGUGAAACAAGAAGCAGAAGAGCAAGCGGAAAUUUUGGAUUUGGAUUCGCAUAAAGUUCAAACUCACAGGUAUGAGGAGGACAUGUUGAGGGUUCAACAACAGCAACAACAACAACAUCAGCAGCAACAACAGCAAGAAAUUCAAAUACAAAUGCAGCAUCAUGUUAUGCAACAACAACAACAACAACAACAACAACAGCAGCAGAGAAGUGGUCCUCAUUCCGUGAGUUCUUUGUUAAAUUGGCCUCCACCACAGAUUCAUGAAUAUCAUUCAAUGCCACCAAUGGAGAACACCUCUCCGAUGCCUGAUCAGAACCAAUUUAUGCGUGGUCAACACAUGCCAGUAGAACCACCGAGACAUGGUGGCUCACCAAUCAUCACCAGCACGCAACCCCUAUCAGGACAUCAGAUUCCACCUGCAAUGCUGCCACAGGCUCCGAAAGCGGUUAUGGGAAACCAAUCCUGGAAGAGCAAUGAAGCUCGCCGGCCAAAGACAUAUAAUUGCACGGCGUGCAACAAGUGGUUCACCAGCUCGGGUCAUCUCAAGAGACAUUACAACACCACCCUGCACAAGAAUGCUGUUAAGGUGAGCAAUCAACCGGAUCCCGCCAACAUGCCCAUCAGCGUGCACCACCAUCCAGGCCGAGAUCAGAACAUAACCAGCAGAGGAGGACCUUCACGAUCUCCAGAGUUAUCAUCCUCGGGGAGUCCCCCAAACUUGAUGGCAGGUCCCUCGGGAGAGGCAACGAGGGGCCUGCUGCUCACGCCCAUCACCGCCACCUCCACCAACAAGAACCUCUACACCAGCAGCAAUUCCAGCAGCAGCAGCGAGUCUUCGGGGGUCCAAGGGUCUAUGGUCCACCAGCAGAUGGCUUCAACGGUGCGCUUGUCCAACCUUGUCUCACUCAACUGUCCGCCGCACUCACCAAUGGGCCACCCCCACCAUCAAAUGGCUUCCCCCUCGCAACUGGGCCACCACAACAUUCCAAUGGAUACAGCGUCCCAAAUGGCGGUCCACCACCCCAUGAGUUCGCCCAUGUCACCCAUGCAGCACCCAACGGCCCACAUGAAUUCGCCUUCGCCAAUGGGCCAGCAGCAGCAUCACAUGAGUUCCCCGUCGCCCAUGAUGGGAGGCGUCCCGCCGAUGGGUUCUCCGCCGCCGCCGCCGCCAAUGGGGGGUACUUCGAUGCCUCAUCAGCCGUACCCAAACGCUUUGCCCCCCCACGUUACAACUACUACCAGCAUCCCGGGUCUAAUGGAGUCUAUCACCAGUCUAACUACUACUGGUAACGAUCUUCCGUCAUCCAUGCAAUUCACCCAGGAAAUGUUACCCGGUUUCGGGACCUUCAGCAACCAUCAGAGGCCCCUGCCCAGCUUCACCAACUUUGGCAUCAACUCCGGGUACAACUUAGUUGGCCACAGUCAUCCGCAGGCCGUUAGCGUGGGGGGGCUAAGUCCGGAGGAGAGUCUCUCUCCUCAAGACAAAACCUUCGAUUCACCCAUACCGACCUAUGACACGUACAGGACAAUGUCGCCACCGAAAUACGAUUCUCUCGCCAAUAUGGAUCUCAUUCACACCAGCACGGACGGGAACCUCUUCAUCAAGUACCCCGACUACCAGCCUCAGACCGAGGCGCAACUCUUUCAGCAAAUUCAAAGAUCUCGUUUGCCAAUUGAGACAAAUAACAAUCUACCUCAAGCUCCGCCAAAGGAAGAGCUCAACCCCAACGUCGGCAAGGUGAAAGGGAGCAAGUUCAAGGAAAUUGUCACCAAGGAGCACCAAGUGACGAGCACCAACACUGGUUCCCACUACAUCUCUCAGGAUGGAUUCCACAAAUGCAUCGAGUGCGACAAGGUCUUCAACAAGGCCUGCUACCUGACUCAGCACAACAAGAGUUUCCACUCGGGAGACAAGCCCUUCAAAUGUAACCAGUGCGGCAAACGAUUUCCACACGAAAUUAUGCAUGCCGAGCACCUGCAGAAGCACGCCGGUGAGAAGCCCUACAAAUGUGAGAUUUGUCCUAAGCAAUUCAACCACAAGACCGACCUCAGACGGCACAUGUGCCUGCACACUGGCGAAAAGCCGUACGCCUGUGAUACUUGCGGAAAGGGUUUCAUUCGAAAGGACCACAUGAUGAAGCACCUCGAAACGCACAGAAAAAAGUCCAACGCCCAUCACAAUGUUCACCUCAGAGCGUGAGUCUCUUGGGUCCAAUCAAAACAUCACUUGUUGCGUUAUCUUUGUAGCCUUCAUCCCGCAAUCUUCCUAUUUAUUAGUUCUCUAAUCCUACAUUUUUUGUCCAUCCCCCUCCCCCCCCCCCAAUCCUUCUCCCUAUCAAUCAAUAUUGUCUCUUCUUCGCCCGCAGGUCGCUGGGAACGAGCACCAGAACGUUUGGCCGUCUUGCUCAACUUCGUAUUUAGAUGACUGCCAAGCUUCGUUCAAGGUCAUCGAAGAGAAACAAAAUUGUAAGUCAAAUUAUGUACUUUUUCCAACAUUCUCGCUAUAAUUUUACAGACUACUUAUAUUUUUUAUUCCACCUUGUUUUUUGCUCACGUUAAGAGUAUGCAUUAAUUGAACUUAUCACUCGAUACAUACUCUUAAUAAAAAAAAUAAAAAAAAAAAAUUAAUGGAAAAUGCGGGUAUAAAUGCUGAGAGGGAUGUUGGAAUCUAUUUUAUUUUUCGCGAUAUUCCGAGUCGAUUCAAAAUUUUGCUAAAUGCAUCUCGACUUUGUAGAUUGCGACAAAUGCCACAAAACAAAGAAAUAUCCUGUCCGAAGUCUUGAUUAUAAAUCAUAAAAUAAAGGAUAUUUAAUAAAAUAAUUAUGAUAAUGGUGAUCUAUCGCGAUAUCAAAACUUUGAAGCUUAUGAAUUGUACAAAAUAUAUUAAAUGUAUAGGCAUAUAUCAUUGUAAUUAUUGAUUUAUUAUCAACUAGACACAACGGUUUCGAUCCCUAAUUAUGGUAUUCAUAUUUUAUAGAAAUUUCUCAAUAAAUUAAAAUGAGAAAAACUUAGAGAAAUGAUGGACAUUAAUGAUAUGUAUCACUCAAUGUGAAAACGAGCUCUCACGAUGUUUGGUAAAAUUAAUUAUAUAUAAAAGUCUUCAAAGAAGUAAAAUUUACUCAAUGAUCAAUUUUAAUUUUUUAAAUCAAAGUUUAAAUUCUAUUGCCGUUGUGCAAAUUUGUUAAAAUUAUUUAAUGACAAUUUUUUUUUAAAAAAGAAGCUUUUUUAUUGAGAGUAGUUUUUAAAAAAAAUUUCUUUUUGUAUACUACUUGAAUAGUUAUUGAAAACUGUAAGUCAGUAUUAGAUUUUGUUGUAGUAAUAAGUUUAUUAUUGGAAAAGAAAUGCAAUAUUUAUUUUUCUCUUUUAUUUACUAUAAUAAUGGUAAAUAAUUUUAAAAAUUGUUUUUGUGAUCGAAAAAAAUUGUAAAUUAUUUGGAAAUAUUUUUUUUGUAUUUUGUUAAUGUGUGAACAUUCCCUGAAUGGCAUUCCAGCGACAAAUGUCGCGAAUCGUUCGGCACGUUUUCACAGUGACGAUUCUUGUUUUUUUAAUCGUAAGAACUAUAGUAGAGUAAGUUGAAAAUUAUGUGCGUUUUUCGAGGGAAAUUACGUGAUUAAAGUAACAGUUCUGCCAAAUAACAAAUGAAACUUUCGUCCAUACUCACUUUUUAUACAAAGAAAUCAUUUAGACUGUAAGCGUAAAAUGUAAAAUUUGAAUAUGAUAAUAAUUCCUUCGAAGAACGCAAAAUACUUAUACUCGCAAUGUGAGUAAAAUAAAUAUGUUGACCUCGCCAUAACCAAAUAGAAUUGUUUCUGUUUAUCGUUGUUUAAUUGUCCGAUUGACUAGUUCGCACAUGAAUUGUUUUAUAUUGCCAAAUGUGCAUAAUUAUCUAGAUUAAACUGAGGUGGAAUCAAGCCUCGUCCGUUGUUAUUUGAGCGUCGUUGUUUCUGGAUUCUUUGCGCCAGAUUUGUUGCCUGAUUUGUUUGUUCAGUGCGUAUUUUUCUUAUAAUAUAUUUGUCUCUGUGAGCUGAGUAAAAUACUUCUUGUCAUUCCCAUGUUAAUUGUACAGAUUUCAUUUGGAUGAGGUGUACCUUAUAUUGUAUAUAUAUUAUAUAUGUGCGUGCAAGGAUUUUUUUAGUUAUUAAUACGAAUUAUAAACACUUGCCAUUAUAAUACUACGUAAAAUCCCAGAACAGACUACCUCAAGAGUUCAGGAAUUAUCGACGAAUGAAAGAAAGGAGGAAAGAAAGAGUAAAGAAAACGUGAAAAAAUGCCAAUGCAAUAAACUAAAAUAAAACUAGAGAAACGUUUUUUGCGGGCGUGAUAAAUUCAUUCAUUAUAUUCUAUGUAUUCAUUUCUCUUUAACAUAAAAAAAAAAAAUGAUAAAAUUCUUGAUAUUGACCAAAUGAUGAAGAAAAUUUCGAGAAAUAUAUAAUUUUACAUUUUCAUUCCUUUUUCCUUCAGUCAAAGCAUUAUGUAUGUAUUGUUAGUUUAUUCGCCCGCUGAUAAACGUAAUAGGCGUAAAUAGAACAUUAUAAAUCUGUAAUAUAAAGAAAAAAAGAAAAAUAGAUUGACGUAUGUUAGAAACAUAUCAAACAGAACUGUAUACUCAGUUUUAUUAUUAUCGAUUAAGGUAACAAUUAGGUACGAAAUGAUCAAUGGAAACACAUUUCAAUUUCAUAUCAUUAUUUGAUAAAUUCUUAUUCAUACUCGACUGUUGCAUUUUAUAAACAAAAACAAAAAAUAGUUGACAAAAAAAAUGUUAAACAAAAAAAAAAACAAAAAUAUUCAUCGUGCCAUUGCGCCCCGCCAAUUCUGUUUGAAAGUAAAAAACUUAAAUUUCGAUAAGAGUGUUGAGAUUUUUUUUUCUACAAAUAACGAAAAAUCCACUGCCGUCAUGUAAUUAAUAAACAAAAAGCGAUAUCGUAAUAAUGUUCGACAGGUGAAGAUAUAUUGUGAAUUAUGUAUUUCAAGAUGCCAUACACAAGUACCUCAAGACAAAAAAAAACACAUGUACAAAUGUUCAUACGUUUUCAGAAUAUUAGCUAAUUAAUAAAUAAUUAUAAUAAUCACUGAUAAAAA